AUGUCACCUUAUCUACUUGUUUAUGGAAAAGCUUGUCAUUUACCCGUUGAACUUGAGCAUCGUGCAAAAUGGGCUAUUAGACAGGUAAACAUGGACUUGGAUGUAGCUGGAGUAGCGAGGAAAUUGCAACUAUCAAAGUUGGAGGAGAUGAGACGAGAAGCUUACGAAAGCUCCAAGAUUUACAAGGAUAAAACCAAGGCUUUUCAUGACCGACAUAUAGUGAGGAAGUCGUUUCAGGUAGGUCAAAAGGUAUGGUUAUUUAAUUCUCGUCUUAAGUUGUUUGUAGGUAAGCUCAAAAGUAAAUGGGCGGGGCCGUUCGUUGUCACCAAAGUUACACUACAUGGUGCGGUGGAAAUCAAGAAUUUGGAUGGUGGCGAGCCAUUUAUGGUCAACGGCCAACGAUUGAAGUUGUGUUAUGAGUUGGAGAAAGGUGCAACCAUGACCGUGGAGGUGUGA